ACUCUGGAAAAUGUGUAAAUUCCAGGUUAGAUAGAAUGACAGAAUUAUUUUACUUGAAUUCUUAAAAACGAGUUCUGAUUAGUAUAAAUACUAUAUAUUAUAUUCUCUUUGAUGCCUCAUUUUUCCUGCUAGGUCUAUUACAAACAAAAUGGCAUCGGCCAACAGACCUCCAAGUUUGUUUGCCCAGAGGAUGAAAGAAGCCAAAGAAUCCAAGAGGAAGGGAGGUUCAUCUCUUCACGAGCACUGUCAAGAAGUUCCUGUAAACUGCCGGACAACAGCAUUUGGUGAGGCUAGUAGAAUAGUUGAGGGACCAGAGGCUAGUGCUAUUCAUAGGGAGAAUGUGGAAAGAUUGGCUGGCAUGUCUGAGCAGGAAAUAACAGAGGAACGAAAUAAGCUGUUAACUGAAAUGAAUCCUGGCUUGAUAGCAUUUUUGAAAGCAAGAAGAAGCAAAGGAUCACCUGAUACAACCAAUUCAACGUCGUCAAACUCACAAACUUGUUCAUCGACAAACUCUGGAAAAACUGUCUGUUUUGAUUUGAAGCCUGAAUCCUCCAAUGGAAGUGAAGCUAUGGAGACUGAAGAGUCAGUACCAGCUGAAGUGAACCAGUUAGCAACAAAGUGGCCCAACAUGGGCAAUGUAGAAAAGGAGAAGUUUGAUUGGAUGUCAGAACUUCCCAAGCCUGAACCUCCCCCUCCAGACCAACCUUUCAAUGCUCGCUUCGAUUUCAAUGGUACCCUCCUACCAUACUCAGAUGAAAAGCUUGAUGAUGUAAGGAAAGGAUUGCAUCAUCACGGUGAGGAGCCAGAGAGACCCGGUUAUACCCUACAAGAACUUAUUCAGCUGAGUCGAUCUUCAGUCUUACAACAGAGAAUUAUUGCUCUAAAUACUCUCUCCAAUGUAAUCGAAAAGGCCAAUAUUUACUCAGAAUGCUUGGACAGGCCUCUUCUUCCAUUGCUUUUGGAUGCUGAUAUCUUUUUGCUGCUGAGGUUUUCAUUGGAUGAUGCAUCCAGGCCCAUAGUGACUACUUCACUUGCUGCACUUUGUAACCUUAUAGUCAAUCAUUGUGAUGAGGCUUGCCUUGACAGUUUGCUCGGGUGUAAUGGAGGACUUUGGCAGCCAUCAUUUAAAAUUAACAUUGAUAUGAAACGGGAUGAGCAGGCUGAACUCAAAGAUAUGCAAAUACUGAAACUGGACGUUAUAAAAGGAGCACUGAGGACACUGAUUUUGUCUCGAUUCAGGUAUAUUCUCGUUAAAAUGCAGCCAGAAUCGGUGGAGGUGGUGCAAAUUUUGAAAUGUUUGAUCAGAAUAGCAAGGCACUCACAUGAGUCAGCCUAUGCUAUUAUCAUUUGCCCUGGUCUGAUGGACGCCGUCAGCUCAUUGCUGAACUUCCAACAGCAUAAGUAUUACUACCCUGAUGCAUUAAAAUUGUUCAGAGUGAUAGCGUGUCAUUCAGAGAGUAUGGCGUGCACGAUUUUGGAGAAAUUCGAUACUAUGAGCAUAGUUCUGCAGUGUCUAGCGGGUGAUAGAGCAGAAGGCCAACCAGAGGCAUUACGGCUGAUGUUGGAAAGUUUUUAUUUAUGGCAAACUUUCCUGACUUACAAUAUGGCUACUGAUUUCAUCCCAUCAGCGAUUCCCAUAAUAGCGAAGCUACUUUUCGUACAUAUUGAUCACAUCAAUGCAGAAAGCUCUUUCGGAGACUUGGAACAUGCUGCAGCUCUUCAAUCCACAAUGACCACAGCCUCUAGAGUAGCCUAUGCCAAAUCUGAGAGUCUUUCACAACCUCUCAUGCAAGCGGCUAUGAGUUGGAUAUCUCUAACAAUUUCUAUGGAAACGCCAAAUAGAUCAAUGUGCAAGCUAGCUGGAGCUGCCUUCAAUUUCCUGGCAGUCAUGAAAAUGGAGAGGUCAACAGAACUAGAGACUCGCCUGAAAAAUUAUCUUCAUAGUAGUCGUUUCACAAAGGCUUUAAUAAAUUUUCGGAAACAUUGUUGGUUGGUGAAUGAGAGCGAUAAAGUGAGCAGCCCAGAAAAUCUCCCCAGUUUGUCUGCUUUUCCACUGUGUUUGAAAAAGGAAUGCUCGCAACCACUCAUAGAAGGAUUGGCUCACUAUGUGCUAGCUUAUAAUAACAAUGAGCUGUCUGAUCUGUUCCUGAAAAAUGAAGAAUGGAAUACUUAUCUACAAGAAUUCAUUAACAGGGAUAGAAUUCCUGAAGCAGCAUCUCACUGGUACGCCAGACAAGAAAUAAAACUCCUUUGCUGUAUUCUUCUCAUCAAUGUUCACUGCCAGACUAUCGAUACAAAAUUAUUCUACCGUGCAUCCAUUAUUCUUACGACCAUCGUACACAAUGAUGAGAGAGCUCUGUUGAAACAAGUGUUCGACAAAAUUGUUUUCAGACAUCCAUUCGAUAGGGUGGAUGAUGUUUCCUUGUCCCUCAAAGUGAAAUUGUCCAUUGAAAGUGAUAGCCAAGAAAAUAAUUCAAGUAGCAAUUUACUACUGGAAGCAAUCAAUAAUUUGUCGUCAAUUAAAGAAUGUUACGUGUCUAUACUUGGACUCCUACCAGAUCCUAGCAAUUCGCUGACGCCAUUAUCAUUGACAUCGAUUGAAAAAGGCUGUGAACCUGCUCUCCCGUCCGACUGGCAAUUUUUACCGAUUCUUCACCUGUACAACACUGAAGGGAAAGGAAAUGAUGCUAAAUCAGUUGCAAUCUGCAGUCUUCAAUGGCUUCUGAUUCUGGAAAACUUCCACCCUGAAUUUUCCUCUAUCACCCCAAUAACAGCUCGAUUUUCAAGAGUUUGCUGCUUAUUAUUAGCAGGUGACCUAUUCUGUGACGUUGAAUAUUUAUUGAUUGAAAUUCUACGAGUUUUAGUGCGGUACAGGCAUGAACUCGAUUUUGAAAGUACUGUCCCAGGAUUGAACAAUUUCUAUGAUUUCUAUCGUCAGCUAGUCGACCAUUACGUCGGAGUGUCUUAUGGCAAUCACACAUUUGGCCAAUACUUGCUGCUGCCUCUGCAACAGAGACAUGAUAGCAGAUUUCGCAAGCUGGUCUGGAGCGAGCAGGCUCCUCUCAUAAGAGUUCUCAAUACACCAGUCGAGAAGUUGGUGUUUCCUAUUGGAGAAUUCUUUGAGCCACUUGAAUCUGAUCUUCAUUUGCUCGGAAUUUAUUUCAGAUUUAUUGCACAAGGUCUAAUAAGGCCGCAGUGGAAUCCAGUAUUAUACAGAGUAGCAGUGCACCAUGUAUCUACCUUCAUCAAGACCAAACCAAUGCAUGGAUUUUCAAAGAGUGUUUUACAGAAAAUUGAAUCUCUUCAUAAUGAGGAACUGAGAAGAUUACUUGUGGAAAAUCCAGUAGAUUCAACUUCUUAAACACGAGAAAACGUUUUGUAUUUUGUAAUAAAUAAUUAUUAAAAUUU